ACUUGAACCGGGGCGUCGUGCUGAACAUCCGGGUAACAGUGCGGUGGUGUAGUGGGGAAGAUGGCGGCGCUGAUCCUCCCUACUGAUUGGAUCAAAAACUGGGAAAAAUCCGGAAAAAAUGACUUCCUGCAGCUGUGUCGGGACCUGGCGGGGAAAGCCGACGAGGAAGUGUUCCUUAAAGAUCUUCAGAUGGCCCUGUACGAGCUCUGCUGGCACGUGGUCCACGGCGGUCUCAAGGUUGACGUGGCCGCCAGCCUCCUGGCUGAUGUUAUGGAACUGCGGGAAGAAAUGCCUUCUAUUUUAGCUGAUGUUUUCUGUGUGUUAGAUAUCGAGACCGGAUGUUUGGAGGAGAAACACAAGCGUGACCAUUUUAUCCAGCUGGUGGGAGCGUGUUUGUGUUGUGUUUCUGAAGCCGUCCUGAAAGAGAGGCUCGACCCCGACACGCUCGAGUCCCUCGGCUUGAUCAAGCAGGCGCAGCAGUUCAACCAGAAGAUUGUCAAAAUCAAGACCAAGCUGUUUUACAAACAGCAGAAGUUCAACUUGUUGCGUGAGGAGAACGAAGGCUACGCCAAGCUCGUGACAGAGCUGGGCCAGGACCUCUCAGGAAACGUCACCAGCCAUCUCGUCCUGGAGAGCAUCAAGUCUUUAAUAGGAUGUUUCAACUUGGACCCGAACCGCGUGUUGGACAUCAUUUUGGAAGUGUACGAGUGCCGUUCGGACCAGGACGAGUUCUUCAUCCCUCUGAUCAAGUCGUACAUGUGUGAGCACCAGACCCUGUGCCACAUCCUGGGCUUCAAGUUCAAAUUCCAUCAGGAACCGAACGGAGAAACCCCGUCGUCUCUGUACCACGUCGCCGCUGCCCUUCUCCAGCACCAUCUCAUCGCACUGGAGGAUCUCUAUGUACAUCUGCUCCCACUGGACUCCAGCAUCGUGGAAGAGCACAAAAGGGAGAUCCUGGAGGCCAAGCAGAUCGCCCGCAAGCUCACCAUGGUGGUGGUGCCCUCGGAGAAGAGCGACGAUAAGGAAAAGGAGAAGGACAAAGAAGAGGAAAAGAACGAAAAGCCUCCCAAUAACCAGAAACUGGGCCUGCUCGAGGCGCUGCUGCAGAUCGGAGACUGGCAGCAUGCACAGAGCAUCAUGGAGCAGAUGCCGCCCUUCUACGCCACCUCGCAUAAAUCCAUUGCUGUGGCGUUGUGCCAGCUGCUGCACCUCAUCGUGGAGCCUCUAUACCGCAGGGCCGGCGUCCCUAAAGGCGCCAAAGGCUGCGUGUUGAACCUGCUGAGGAACAGGCAAGCUCCGGGUCCCGUCGAGAGCUUCGAGGAUCUCUGUAAGGAUGUGUUCACCAUGCUGGGUUACCUGGGCCCGCACCUCUCCCACGACCCCAUCCUGUUCGCCAAGAUCGUACGUCUGGGAAAAAGCUUCAUGAAAGAGUACCACAGUGAAAGCAAGCAAGAUGCCAAGGAGAAAAUGGACACGCUGCUCAGCUGUUUCCUCAGCAUUGCUGACCAGGUGCUGCUGCCUUCGCUCACGCUCAUGGACUGCAACGCCUGCAUGUCAGAGGAAAUCUGGGGCUUCUUUAAGCUGUUCCCUUACCACCACAGGUAUCGGCUUUACGGGCAGUGGAAGAACGAGACGUACAGCAGCCACCCGCUGUUGGUAAAGGUGAAGGCCCAGACAGUGGACAGAGCCAAGUACAUCAUGAAGCGACUGACCAAGGAAAACGUGAAGCCGUCAGGGAGGCAGAUUGGCAAGCUGAGCCACAGUAACCCCACCAUUCUCUUUGAUUACAUUCUCUCCCAGAUCCAGUGGUAUGACAACCUUAUCACCCCUGUGGUGGAUUCUCUGAAAUACCUCACCUCUCUCAACUAUGAUGUUCUGGCUUAUUGCAUUAUCGAAGCUUUAGCCAACCCGGAGAAAGAGAAGAUGAAGCAUGACGACACGACUAUCUCGUCCUGGCUUCAAAGUCUCGCCAGCCUUUGUGGAGCGGUUUUCCGGAAAUACCCUAUCGAGCUGGGAGGUUUGCUGCAGUAUGUGACCAAUCAGCUGAAGGCGGGAAAGAGUUUUGAUCUGUUGAUCCUGAAGGAGGUGGUGCAGAAGAUGGCCGGGAUCGAGAUCACAGACGAAAUGACAGCGGAGCAGCUGGAGGCCAUGACCGGAGGAGAGCAGCUUAAAGCAGAGGGAGGAUACUUCGGCCAGAUCAGGAACACAAAGAAGUCAUCUCAGCGCCUGAAGGACGCUCUGCUGGAUCACGAGCUGGCUCUUCCUCUCUGCCUGCUGAUGGCUCAGCAGAGGAACGGCGUGGUUUUCUCCGAGGGAGGGGAGAAACACCUGAAACUAGUGGGCAAACUCUACGAUCAGUGUCACGACACGCUGGUGCAGUUUGGCGGCUUUUUAGCGUCCAACCUGAGCACGGACGACUACAUCAAGAGGGUUCCUCCCAUCGACGUGCUCUGUAACCGGUUCCACUCUCCUCAUGACGCCGCGUUCUUCUUGUCCCGCCCUAUGUACGCCCAUCAGAUUAUGGCCAAGUACGACGAGCUGAAGAAGGCCGAGAAGGGAAACCGGCAGCAGCAGAAGGUCCACAAGUACAUCGCGGCGUGCGAGCAGGUGAUGGCGCCUGUGCACGAAGCCGUCGUCUCGCUCCACCUACCUCGCGUAUGGGACGACCUGCGUCCGCAGUUCUACGCCACCUUCUGGUCACUCACCAUGUACGACCUGUCCGUUCCCCAUAGCGCCUACGACCGGGAGGUCAACAAGCUCAAGAUGCAGAUCAAGGCCAUCGACGAGAACACCGAGAUGCCACUGAACAAAAAGAAGAAGGAGAAGGAGCGAUGCACUGCGCUGCAGGACAAGCUACAGGAGGAGGAGAAGAAGCAGUUGGAGCACGUGCAGAGGGUCUUACACCGCCUCAAGCUGGAGAAGGACAACUGGUUACUCGCCAAAUCGACCAAGAACGAGACCAUCACUAAAUUCCUCCAGCUCUGUCUGUUCCCGCGCUGCGUCUUUUCAGCCAUCGACGCCGUGUACUGCGCUCGCUUCGUCGAACUCGUGCACCAACAGAAAACGCCAAACUUCUGCACACUGCUUUGUUACGAUCGCGUGUUCUCUGAUAUCAUCUACACAGUGGCGAGCUGUACAGAGAACGAGUCUCGGCGUUACGGCCGUUUCCUGUGCUGCAUGCUGGAGACGGUGACGCGAUGGCACAGCGAUAAAGCCAUCUACGAGAAGGAGUGUGGCAAUUACCCAGGGUUCCUGACCAUUUUCCGAGCCAGUGGCUUUGACGGAGGAAAUAAAGCGGACCAGCUCGACUACGAGAACUUCAGACACGUCGUUCACAAAUGGCAUUACAAGCUGACUAAAGCUUCAGUGCACUGCCUGGAGACGGGCGAGUACACCCACAUUCGCAACAUCCUCAUCGUGCUGACCAAGAUCCUGCCCUUCUACCCGAAAGUGCUGAACCUGGGCCAGGCGCUCGAGUGCCGAGUGCACAAGAUCUGCCAAGAGGAGAAGGAGAAGAGGCCUGACCUCUAUGCUUUAGCCAUGGGCUACUCUGGCCAGUUGAAAAGCAGGAAAGCUCACAUGGUGCCCGAGAACGAGUUCCACUACAAGGAGCCGGCGAGCACCGCCAACCCCGGCGCCCUGCAGAACGGCCCGGGCAGCUCCGGCAAGCCUGGCACCGCCGCCCCUGCCUCCGCCAACGCUGGGAAAAACGAGGAGGGAGCUGCCGAGGACACGGAGAAAUCCAAGGACAAAUCUCAGGUGGCUCAGAAAACAGCCUGCAAAAACCCGACCGCGGCGAAUAAAGCGAGCAGCAACGGCAGCAGCACACCUAACAGCAUCAAAGGGAGCAAAGAGAAGGAGGACAAGGAGAAGAGCGUGAAGGAGAAAAAGGAAAAGAAGGAGAAGACCGUUGCCGGCACUCCAGAGGCCAAGGCAGGAGGGAAGGAGAAGCAGCAGAAGGAGGAGAAAGCGGGUGACGCCAAGGACAAGGUCCCCAAGGCUGAGAAGGACAAGAGGAAGGAUGACAAGAAGGACGAGAAGAGCAAGAGUGACGCGAAGGCUGCAGACAAAGAGUCAUCCAAGGAGCGAGACGUGGCCAAGGAGGGCAAGCUAAAGGAAAGCAGCAAGGGCGAGAAAAACGCUGCGUCCCUCAAGUCCCCCGUUCCCAGAUCAGACGGAAUCGAGUCUGAACGGGAACAAAAAAGACGAAAGCUCGACACACACUCUUCGCCCUCACACUCCUCUGCAGUUAAGCUCAUCUGUCAUCUCCGUUCAUUCCUACAGGACAAUCUCAACGACUUCAAGGACUCAGCCGCCAAGCAGCAUCACGCCAACAACAGCACGAGCCUGACCAAGAGCGAAGCCGAGAAGAAAGAGUCCGACAAAUCCAGGGACCGCUCCAAAGAGAGGGACAAGAAGGAGGACAGGAAGGACCGCAAACGAGACUACUCCAACAGCGACCGUGAGAUGAGCCAGGAAUCCAAGCGCCGUAAAGACGAGAACGGAACAAGCUCCUCAAAGCACAGUAAGAGCGCCAGUCCGCCUGAUUCGCCCCGCUCCAAUGACAAGGACAACGGCAAACGCUCCAAAUCCACCAGCAAAGACAAGGGCGAUCUCGCCAAAACCGACAAGGCCUCUGGAGGCAAAAAGGAAUCCAGGCACGACAAAGAGAAGUCUGAAAAAAAGCGCGACAGCACCGGUGCGAAAGAAGACAAGAAACACCAUAAAUCAUCUGAAAAGCACAGAUAAUGUAACCUGACACGGACGAGAAUUCCCUGUUGUGCGCUUUGACGAGUCAGAGCCCCAUCCACCUUUCAGCCAUGUCAGCAUCUUCAUUCUCUCUCUUGUUGUUUUUUUUUUUUUCCCCCCCUCUCACUGUCUGAGCUGAGGAUUUGUUCGCACCCUUGUAUUUUUGGCUUGCCUAGAUAAUUUCCUAGAAAUGUCGUAGCUUGUAUUUUAACCUGCCAUUUUUAUUGUAACAUUUUCAGUAUCGUGCUGAAAGCUCAUUUCUGUACAAAAAAAAAAGAAAAGAAAAGAAACACACACACACACACAAAAAACAAUUUUUAGCACAAUGUGCUGCUGUAUUUCACGAACAGAAUCAGGUUCGGAGUUGUGUUGCUCCUGAAUUGGAUUGCGUUUUUAUAACACGUCAACACUUUCUUCUUCUUCUUCUUCUUCUUCUUCUUCUUUUUUUUUUUUGAGCAAACAAAAUUCAUCUCAGCCUCAGUUUGAUUUCCAGUUUAUUUAUUUUUCUCUUCUUUUUAAUCUGUAUGCGCUAUUUAGGCAUAGGUGUUUAAAGCAGUAUGAACAGUCUAUUUGUAUAUUAUGUAUACACUAAAUAAAAUGAAUACUUGUAUUACUUAAUUUCCUCAACUUUUAUUUCAAAACUCCUUGUUGUGUUUGCUCACAUUUUUAUUUUUAUUUUUUAUUUAAAAAAAAAAAAAAAAGGGAUUUCUGUAGAAAGUCUGGCAACCUCGAUUUCUUCCCACAUAAACGGAUGAGAUUAAAGAAGAAAAAAAGAAGUGUUACUCUCUUUGAGAACUACUUUUGAAGUUUUUAAAAUGCCCUCACGUCGACCAGUGUAUGCCUUUUUAUAAAUAAAGAUAGAUUUUUUUCUUCCAA